UUUGUAUUUUUGUAUUUACAAUUGUAUUUGUAAUUGAAGAAGAAGCAGCAGCAACAGCAGGAAGACAGAGUCGAGACUCGCGCACCGCACCGCCAAGCAUUCGACGUCCGUGGACCGCUCAACUUAAGCUAAAGCAAAUACAUCAAACAACGGAACAACAUUGGCCGUUUUUCAGCUUUCCCACAGCGGAAAAACGGGGAAAAGGUCGCCGCGGUUAGCGUCGCGUCGCGUCGGUGUGCGUGCGUGUGUGUUGAGUGUGACCCACUCCAAAUCAAAAUUAACAGUUUUUUUUUUCGAGUUGAGCGCGUAAAACUCCAUCCUGUGAAGUUUGAAAAGUCCAUAGAACCACCCGUAUAUAUAAUUCCUAUAUAUAUAUUAUAUUUUCUACUCACUUUCACACAAAUGAUCAAGACUUGAGAAGACAUCGAAUAUCAAAUUAUUCGCAAAAAUCCAAAAAUUCUCUCCAAAAAGUUCUCAACCAAAAAAAUAAAUCAUUUUUGAAAUUUUUCGUUUAAAAAAUAUAAAUCGUUUUUUUGUGGCAUAAUUUACUUAAGGAAAAAAAAUUACAAGAUAUACAUUUCGUUGGAAUUGCUGCUAUUUUCUUUAUAAUUUUACGGUUCUUAAUUUUUUUUUUUUUAAUUAAAAAAAAUAUAUAUUUUGAGGAAGAAAAGUGAGUCACAGACACGGUCACGUGACUAGUUACUUAAAACUAGUCUAAAAUAUAUACUAAAAAUGUUCAGUCCCGAAUAUGAGAAACGAAUCCUGAAACACUGCAGUCCUGUGGCAAGGAACCUUUUUGAUAAUCUCGAGUCCUCCACAACACCCACAUCGCUGGAUCGUUUCAUUCCAUGCCGAGCCAACAACAACUGGCAGACGAACUUCGCCUCCAUCAACAAGUCGAAUGACAACUCGCCCCAGACGAGCAAGAAGCAGCGGGACUGCGGGGAGACGGCACGCGAUAGCCUCGCCUACUCCUGCCUCCUAAAGAACGAGCUCCUCGGGUCGGCCAUCGACGAUGUGAAGACCGCCGGCGAGGAGCGGAACGAGAACACCUACACCCCGGCCGCCAAGAGGAGCCUCUUCAAGUAUCAGUCACCCACCAAGCAGGACUAUAAUGGCGAGUGUCCUUACUCCCUGUCGCCAGUUAGCGCCAAAAGCCAAAAGUUGCUCCGAUCACCGAGGAAGGCCACCCGCAAGAUCUCCCGGAUACCGUUCAAGGUUCUGGAUGCCCCAGAGCUGCAGGACGACUUCUAUUUGAAUCUGGUGGACUGGUCCUCACAAAAUGUCCUGGCCGUGGGCCUGGGCAGUUGUGUUUACCUCUGGAGUGCUUGCACCAGCCAGGUUACCCGCCUGUGUGAUCUCAGUCCGGAUGCCAAUACAGUGACAUCCGUGUCGUGGAACGAGCGCGGCAACACCGUCGCCGUGGGCACCCACCAUGGCUAUGUUACCGUCUGGGACGUGGCCGCCAAUAAGCAGAUCAACAAGCUGAAUGGCCACUCGGCGCGUGUGGGCGCUCUGGCCUGGAACAGUGACAUCCUGUCGAGUGGAUCGCGCGACAGAUGGAUCAUUCAGAGGGAUACGAGAACACCGCAACUGCAAUCGGAGAGACGGCUGGCCGGGCAUAGGCAGGAGGUGUGCGGAUUGAAAUGGUCACCGGAUAAUCAAUACCUGGCCAGUGGGGGCAAUGACAAUAGACUAUAUGUAUGGAAUCAGCACUCACUUAGUCCGGUGCAAUCGUAUACGGAGCAUAUGGCGGCGGUGAAGGCGAUCGCCUGGUCGCCGCAUCAUCACGGUCUAUUGGCUAGCGGCGGGGGAACGGCGGACAGAUGUAUCCGGUUUUGGAAUACGUUGACGGGCCAGCCCAUGCAGUGCGUGGACACCGGCUCACAGGUGUGCAAUUUGGCAUGGUCGAAGCACUCCUCGGAGCUGGUCUCCACCCACGGCUAUUCACAGAAUCAGAUCCUGGUCUGGAAAUAUCCAUCGCUCACCCAAGUGGCCAAACUGACUGGCCAUUCGUAUCGUGUCCUUUAUUUAGCCCUCAGUCCGGAUGGUGAGGCGAUUGUAACUGGUGCCGGUGAUGAGACGUUACGUUUCUGGAAUGUCUUUAGUAAAGCUCGGAGCCAAAAGGAGAACAAAUCCGUGCUGAAUCUAUUUGCCAAUAUCAGAUAAUUAGAUCCGGAUGUGGAGGAGUAUAGUAAUUGGGUGAAGACUGAGAGAGCGAGGCGCCAAAGGCAUACAAAAAAAAAUAAAUAAAAAUAAAAAUAAAAUAGAUGGGAAGGAUAUGAACAAGGAUAAAGCAAAAUACCAAUCAGCAAACCAAGCUAACUACCAAUUAAUCGAUCUAACCUAAUCGAGAGCGCUAUUAUAACCAUUCUCUAUAUAUAUAUAUAUAUUCUAUAUAUAUUUUUGUCAAUAUGCUGCGGAUCACCAGUCCAUCCUAUGUUUAGUGAAUUUUUAGUUUUAUCAUAAUAUCAUAAUAUACCAAGAGCAAUAGAGUUAAAAAAAAAAAACGGAAAAGUAACUAAAACGCAAGAAAAAAAAAAGAAAUUUAUGUCGGAUUGUAUAAAUUAUAAAUUAUAAAUUAUAAGCCUAGGAAAUGGCAAAAAAAAAAAAAAUAAUAAUAUCAGAAAAAUGAUAAAUCAAGAACUGAGAACUGAGAAAAAAAAAACGAACUAAGUCUACAUAAGCUUAAUGAAAAAUUGUAAUUUUUAACUUAAAAAAAAAACUCACACACACUCUCACACAUAUAUCAUAUAUAUAUAUAUAUAUAUAUAUAUUAGGUAAAACAUAAAAAUUUUUUGUUUGUUUUCUCAAAAAUUUAUUUUUUUUUUACCACUACAUUUAAGGCAAUUGAUAUACAUAAAAAAUAACAAAUAAUAUAUAAUAUAUAUGUGCAUAUAUAUUUUUUUGCUUAGCCAAUUAAGUUAAAUUUGAUUGAUUUCUCGCAAUCGCUUAUUCUAAAGCACAUACCCCCACCCCCACACCCACACCACCUCUCACUCAUACUCCAAACUAUGUAUAUGUAAUAAAUUUAUACAAUUUUGCAAUGUGCCCAAAAAA